AUGCAUAAAUUAAUGUCUGCGCUCUGUCCGGAUGACAGCACUGACUGCUACUCGCCUAAUCACCGGCAGGUUCGUCUGCAGGCGGCUGUCAUGCCGUCGGGUGGAGCUACGCCUCCACUUAAGGUUGAGGAACUGGGUGGUAUAGUUAUGGCCUUGCCCAACACGGCUCCGGGACUCGAUGGAGUGAGUGCGAGAAUCGUGAGGAAUGUGUGGAAUGCGGCACCGAGGGAAUUACACUCGGUGUAUGCCAAGUGUGUGGAAGAAGGGGUUUUACCCAAUGUAUGGAAGGACGGAAGACUGAUUGUCAUUCCCAAGGGUAAUGACAAGCCACUCACCGACGUCAAGGCAUACCGUCCAAUAACGCUCCUCCCUGUUUUGGGAAAAUUAUUGGAACGAGUAAUUUUAAGAUGUGCUACCGCGAUUAGCCGCGAGAUAUCCGUGUACCAGCACGGAUUUUCUCCGGGGGCGGUCUACAGUAACAGCGCUGCGUGUACUGCUCAGCACGGCAAGGUAUUCUCAGGCAUACUACGUGCAAGCAAUAUUCUUAGAUAUCUCUGGCGCCUUCGACAAUGCCUGGUGGCCGAUGAUGAUGGUCAAGGCCAAAAGGGGUGGAUGUCCACCCAACAUUUAUAG